UGGAUAGACCCGCCCAGGGUGUUGGUGACGUAAUCUGAGGACAAAUCGAUUUACCGCGAGGUCAUUCAGCCUCUCUGAGCAGCCGGUCGCAGCUAAGCAGAGGCGCCAUCUUAAGAUACUGAUAGACGCAGCUCCGCCGGCAGGCAGGACACCACCAUGUACCCGACCUCUUUGACGCAGCUGGCGAGGGCCAACCCGUUCAGCGCCCCCCUGUUCACCCUCCAGAAAGUGGAAGAACCCCGACAGAGCCUUCAUGGACAGAAGACCCGCAGACUGGCAGCUGCCGCCACAGCAGAGGAGGGAGAUAGUUGUGAGUUCGGCUCUCAGAAGUAUUUCGUCCUGUGUGGAUUUGGUGGGAUUCUGAGCUGUGGUACCACACACACAGCUGUUGUUCCCCUCGACCUGGUCAAAUGCCGAAUGCAGGUGAACCCAGAGAAAUACAAGAGCAUCGGGAACGGGUUUUCAGUGACCGUGAGGGAGGAUGGCGUCCGAGGUCUGGCCAAGGGCUGGGCCCCCACCUUCAUCGGUUACUCCAUGCAGGGACUGUGCAAGUUCGGCUUCUAUGAAGUGUUCAAGAUCCUCUACAGUGACCUCCUGGGAGAGGAGAACACUUACCUGUGGAGGACAUCUCUGUACCUGGCUGCUUCGGCCAGCGCAGAGUUCUUCGCUGACAUCGCUCUGGCUCCCAUGGAGGCUGUAAAAGUUCGUAUCCAGACCCAGCCGGGCUACGCCAACACCCUCAGACAGUGUGUCCCCAAGAUGUUCGCUGAGGAGGGACUCUGGGCCUUCUAUAAAGGCGUGGUUCCGCUGUGGAUGAGGCAGAUCCCCUACACCAUGAUGAAGUUCGCCUGCUUCGAGCGCACUGUGGAGCUGCUCUACAAAUUUGUGGUUCCUAAACCCCGCAGCGAGUGCAGCAAGCCCGAGCAGCUGGUGGUCACCUUCGUGGCCGGUUACAUCGCUGGUGUGUUCUGCGCCAUCGUGUCCCACCCUGCCGACUCGGUGGUAUCAGUGCUGAACAAGGAGAAGGGAAGCACAGCCGCCCAGGUUCUGAAGAGGCUUGGACCCAAAGGUGUGUGGAAGGGUCUGGUGGCCCGUAUCAUCAUGAUCGGUACUCUGACGGCCCUGCAGUGGUUCAUCUACGACUCUGUAAAGGUCUACUUCCGCCUGCCCCGCCCCCCUCCCCCCGAGAUGCCAGAGUCCCUGAAGAAGAAGCUUGGCCUCACAGAGUAACCCCCCCCCUCACCGAUUCACACGUUACCCCCCUUGACACGCAGCGGGUUUCUGUAUGUGUGUUCCAGCUGCUCGUCUCAGCUGACAGCCGGUUAUUUAAGAACAGACGUCCAUCGGCAUCUGGGACAGACUCCUGUAGAAACACCUGGAUGGUUUUACCUCCUCAUUAGAAGAUGUGGAAAUUCUAAUAAAUGUUUCCCUGGGAAAAUAAACCU